AAAAAGAAAAAGAAAAAGAAAAACAUUUAUGCUCAUGGCAACUUCUGGCUUCUUCUUCUUCUCUCACAAUUCUCUUCGUUGUACUCUCGGACCCAUCGGCGUCCCCCCAAAUCUGACCGUCUCUUAGCCGCUGCCGGCUUCCAUCUCUCUCUCUCUCUCUCUGUCUCUGGUAGCGGCAUCUGGUGGCCUCGCCUCGCUCGAUAACCCUUCACUUCUGGCAGGGCUUCACAGCGGCUAGCAGGCGAAGGCGGCCAUAUCACUGCGUGCAGAUUUUUGUAGUGUGGUUGUAAAUGAUAGUCCAGAGAAUAUAAUAACCAUGAGAUGAAAAUGAACGGGAAGUGUAGGCUAUGGUGGCCCAAGCAGCAUUUAGCAUGUGAACCGUCGUCUUCCUGUCUCUUGUUUGGAUGGUUCAUACCUUCUUCAGAUUCCCUUGAUGUCGUAGUGGCGUUCACUUGUAGUGAUGUUUCACUAUCUCAACUCCAAUGUGAUCUCAAGGAAGUUAUCUGUGAUACAAACAGGACCAUGCCUGCAAUUUUGCACGAUAAGUCAGUGUUUUCUCUACUUGGACAAUGUGUUCCAAAAUUACGUAGAGAUAGAGUUCUUUCAAGCGAUGGAAUUGAUGUAUUGAAUGGAGAAAAAACCUCUUGUUAUCACUAUGAAAGUGGGAGGAAUAGUGAGGGUAACAUCACAGGUAGCUGUGGAAGAUUCACCUCUCAAUGCCAUUAUUUAGGUGGGUUGUCAGAGCAAUGUAGGCAAGUCUAUAGUAGAAACAGUGAUUGGCUAUUCUUGGAAUUUGAUUCUGAUAAGAAGUAUGAAAACUCAGAAGUACUGUGGAUUCCUAAAUUGGACUACCUUUGUUGGAACGGGCAGAAAGUGUCUAAUUGUGAUGUUCACGUCAUUUUUUAUGAUUCUCCUGUAUAUGACUGCCAUCAUUUCUCUUUGCAACCUUCAAAUUCAUCCAAGCAAGAGAGUUCAUCUUGCAAGAGGCCAAAGUGGGUUGAUGAACUUAAGCAGAAGGAACUAAGUUUUGACUUGGAUGCUGUCAUUUUGGCCAUCAACUGUGCCGCAGCUGCUAAAAGACCAAUUGAAAGACAUUUGCAUGCCAAAAGAUCUCCACAGCUUUCCAUUGUUGCCAGGUGUUAUUCAUUCAUGUGGAGUCUUCUGGCUGUGUCUAUUGCGUCACUUUCUACUCUCUUCUAUAUUGCUUUUCAAUUUUUUUACAAACUUCAUAGUAUUGGAUCACAAUUAUGGAUGUCUAAUGUAGUUUCAAGAAUUUUCAUGGCCACAUGCAUAAAUGUCCGUAUUCGGUGUUGUCAAAUUUUGUAUUGGCCAAUCAUACUUCAAGAGCGUGGCAUGAGGUCCCUAUCAAAUGUUGAAUAUGCGGAGAAAUUUGCUUUACAGAAGCAUUCAAUGUGGACAAGCAUAGCUGCUGAUGUGUUGCUGGGAAAUGUGGUCGGUGUGGCAUUGUUAUGUUAUGCAGAUUUUACUUGCUCAUCCAUUUCAAACCUUGCUAGGGAUAUCACAAAUCACAUACUGCGUUCAGGUUGUGUGUGGUUGAUGGGAGUCCCUGCAGGUUUCAAAUUAAACAUAGAAUUGGCUGGAGUCCUUGGCAUUAUAUCUCUCAAUGCAAUCCAAAUUUGGUCUACACUUUGGUUCUUCUUUGGUUUUAUAUUUGUUUAUGUCAUUAAAGCGCUUGCUAUAUUGGGGAUUCUUUUUGGAGGGACCUUGCCUGCUGCAUUGACCUCAGAUCUGAUAUCAGUAGCAACUUGCCACGUGUCAACUCUUCAUUGGUUUAUUUCCCUUAUAUAUUCAUCGCAGAUACAGGCAUUAGCAGCUUUAUGGCGCAUUUUCAGGGGUCAAAAACAGAAUCCUCUUCGGAAUAGAAUAGAUAGUUAUGACUACACUGUGAAGCAACAUAUUGUUGGAUCGCUUAUUUUUACACCACUAUUACUUCUUUUACCCACUACUUCAGUCUUCUACGUCUUCUUUACCAUUCUGAAUAUAUCUAUCAGCUUCAUCAGAUUGCUAAUUGAAGUUAUAAUUUCUGCUAUUCAUGCUACACCCUAUACCAAAAUUUUCCUUUGGUUGGUGAAGCGGAAAAUAUUUCCUUAUGGGAUAUGGUUCGAAAUCAUUUCUUGCCACAUUAAUUCCACGGGUAGUCUAGUCAGGAACUCAUCUGAAAACUUGGAUGUACCAACUAAGAUCUUGGAGCAGAAUGAGGAGAUGAUCAUGAGGAAAUGUUCAGUUUUGGUUUCAUGUCUUCACAGCAACUUAAUGGGCAUAGGAGAACUGGUCCUGCCUCACUACAGAAAUAUUUUCUCUGGCUUCUCUCGGUCGAUACUAGCUUCUAUUUUUCAUGGAGUCCUGACUGGAAGAAGAACAUCAUCGACACUGAAGGUUGGCCUUCCUUCACCGAUGCCAUGGAUGUGUAUUCCUUACAGAGAGUAUUGGCAUCUCUGCCACGAUUCAAUUCUUGCUUGCAGGCAGCUACGGUCCUGUACGUCUUGAUUUGAUAUCGUGUUAAAUCCUAGCUUUCAGAGUUUAUUUUACUCAGAGUAAUCUUUUGGUCGCGGACAUGAACGAAAGUUUUGUUCAUUUAGGAGUUGCAGAUUCCUACUCAGUUGGGGGGUUAUUGAUUGGUGGUAAUUGUGGCAACCAUUUAGAAAUUUCUUUGCCCUAGUAGUUUUAGGGGAUAUUCAUGGAUUUGAAGAACUUUUCUAGUAUUCGAAUUGAAUCGAGAAAUGAGGUUGAAAGUCUAAAUUUGUAUGGUUUGUAUAUGGGUUGUUGGUGUGGAAUUUGUGAAUAUACUUCUAAAACAAUAUUUUAGAGAUUUAAACUUAUAACA